AUGACCUUAGAAGGAGUCCUCACAUCAGGCUGGGAAGGUGCCUCAGAGAAUGGUGGUUGUCGCAGGCCAAAUCCAUGCCAGGGACUGUUGUCACAGAGAGAGAACUUCUCUGAUGUUCUGAAGACACUGAGUAGGGAUGGAAAGUAAAAUGUCUGUAAAGACAUGAAGCCACAUGUUGAAAGUAUGAACCAAGUGAAUAAUUGGAGAGAAAUACAAGCACUAAGGAGACUUGUACAUCCCAAUAUGCUUAUGUUACAUGAACUUGAAGUCUCCUUACUUAUUUCUUCAGUGAUAACUGGCUGCCUUUCACUGAUGUGUGAAUUUAUGGAUAUGAAUAUUUAUGAGCUGAUAAAAGGAAGAAGAAAGCCAUUACCUGGGAAGAAAAAAAAAAAAAAAAGAAAAAUUAAGAACUCCAUGUACCGGUUAUGCAAAUCUCUUGAUUACAUACAUAGAAAUAGAGUAUUUCAGAGAGAUGUGAAACCAGAAAACAUAUUAAUAAAGCAAAAUACCCUGAUGUUAGAAGAUUUUGGAUCUUCUAGGAGUUAUCUAUUCUAAGCAGCCAUGUGCGGAAUCAUGUCCACAAACACGUACAGAACACAUGAAUGCUUACUAACAAGUGGCUACUACAGUUGCAAAAUUGGUAUGUGAAGUUCUGUCUGUUUCUAUGAAAUUACAAGUUUUCAGCCUCUCUUUCCUGGAUCUAAUGAGCUGGACUAAAUUUCAAAAAUCCAUGAUGUUACAGGCACUCCUGCUAACACAACUCUUGCCAAGCUCAAGCAAACAAGAAUUGCAAGGUUUGAUUUCUCCUUUAAAAAAGGAAAAGGAGUACCUCUUGUGUACAGUUUGCCUCCCAAAGGCUUCUCUCUCCUGUAUGCAGUGAUAAAAUAUGAUCCCGAUGAGAGAACUGCUGCCCAUCAAGCACUACAGCACCCUUAUUUUCAAGAACUCUGGCAAUGGACUGAAAUGAAGUUUGCUUACAGUGCUAGGCAACUGAAGCACGUGGCCAUGCACAAAAAAAUAAGAUUACUAGGAAAUACAUCAGGGCAAGUACUUCUAUGUUUGUGGCAAAUUUCAAUGGGAAGUCAAAAGACAGGUAAUAUUUAAGUGGAAGAAUUGUCAGCCCACUUAGAGAAAGUAAUUUGUGGCACUGAGCUUGUUAGUUAG